AGAGCCGAAGAUGUCGGCUCGGUCAUGUGAUCAGCUGUGUCCAAUCACAGCUGAUCACAUGGCACUGAUGAUCAGUGUGGCCCCAGGAGUGCCACCUGUCAGUGCUCAUCAGUGCCACGUGCCAGUGCCACAUCAAUGCCACAUACCAGUGCACAUCAAUGCCACAUAUCAGUGCCCAUCUGAGCUGCCUAUCAAUGUCACCCAUCAGUGCCAGUCAGUGCCGCCUAUCAGUGCCAGUCAGUGCCGCCUAUCAGUGCCAGUCAGUGCCGCCUAACAGUGCCGCCAGUCAGUGCCAUAUAUCAGUGUCAUGUAUCAGUGUCAUGUAUCAGUGCUGCCUUUCAGUGCCCAUCAGUGAUGCCUGUCAAUGCCUAUCAGUGCAACCUACCCGUGCCUCCUCAUCAGUGCCACCUAUCAGUGUCCAUCAG